AUUUCUUCACAUUUCUCAGUUGACUUGGUUUCGGCGUGCGAUAUGGUAGCCAGUUGUCAGUGCUGACUGCUCAUUCGUCCCUUCUGUUGGCUGUCGUUUUCAACAUUCAGCCGCACAAUCCAAAGGACAAGCCGUCGUCGGACCAGACACAUUGUCGGCUCCAUCUACUUCCCUUAUUGGGUUCGCUUUUUUGGGCUUCACACAGAGACAGGAUUUUGUUUCUGCUUUUCGUCGUGUUCAAUCUACGACAUCCAUAUCCCCCGAUUAAGGAAUCCCGCUCCGGUUAGCGAGCGGAGGCUGGAUGGAUUUGCCGAUCCAACACUACAAGGAGAACGGAGCCGAGGAGCAGCUACAACAGUCGCUAGCCAUGCGAACCGAGUGGGAACCUUGCCUGGCGCAUCAUCCGCCGCUCCAGAGCUUCGGCUGUGACGCCGAGUUGGCCGAGCGAGGAGGAGGACCGCCCCCUCCGCCGCCACCUUCCAAACGACGCUUCCGCAGCCCCACUUCACGCAAUAAACCCAACGACAGUGCGAUGUGCGCCACCAUGGACGACCGGCACGGAAAGAUGCGGGAAACGCUCAUGGAACGUCAGGUUCAAAAGGCCGGAGGUCUCUUGGGCGUGACUUCACGCGGACUCUUGAUUCUAGCGCUCCUCUUGGUCUUUAUCCUGAUCCUGCUCGUCAUUAUCGUCGUACUGGCCGCCUUGUGGCCGCGCACCAGGGCCCAGGAAGCGCCGAAAGUCUGCGACACGCCAGCAUGCUUACGAGCCGCCGCCCAGGUUAUUGGCAGCAUGGAGAACCACACGUCGCCGUGCACCAACUUCUGGAACUACGCCUGCCACAACUGGUUGGUAUCCAAUCCUCUGCCGCCGUGGGCCAGCAAGUGGAGCACCCGGGAAGAGCUUGCUCAUCGAGCGCACGAAGAGAUGAGGAAGCUGAUCGAGACGAUGCCGCAUCCAACGCGAGUCGACUCGCUAUCUUGGAAGCUCAAGUACUUUUACGAAUCCUGCACUGCUCUCGAGCACAUCGUCGUUCCCGAGCAGAAACUCAUCCGCGUCAUCGAUCAAAUGGGCGGCUGGGGAGUCCUGCGGAGCUUUUCCGUCUAUUCGUGGAACUUCCGCAUGGUCCUGCGUCGGUUGCACGCCGAGUACGGCGUCAACGCUUUCUUCCGCGUCGACGUUGUCGCCCAUCCCAACUUUCCCGACAAGAGCAUCGUCAGAAUAUCGCCUGAUGGACUAGGACUUCCCGACCGGAACUAUUACUAUCGUGAACCUGACCAUGCGCCAGAUGUACCAAGGAGGCGGCUGUCGCAGCCUGGGACGAUCAACACCUACAAGGUGUUCUUGAAAGACGCUGUUCAGCUGCUGGGCGCGACGAGCCUUGAAGCCACGAAAUUCGCCGAGGAGGUGUUCCACUUCGAGAAGCGCAUUGCCGAGCUGACGCCAAACACGGAGGAUAUUAUCAAUCCCGUCAAGAGCAUACAGAUCCUGAACGUGGCCGAUCUACAGCGUCAAUCGUUUUCGAUACCGUGGUUGGAAAUCCUGCGAGCCAUUUAUCCGACGACCGUUUUUGAUGACUCCACUGAAUUGUUGAUCACUUCGCCUGAUUACUUGAAAGACAUCUCCUCCAUCGUUUCUUCAUCCGACCGAAGCACUCUCAACAACUAUCUGAUGUGGAGGCUGGCACAUAAUUACCUACCGUAUUUAUCGCGCGAGUAUUGGGAAGUGCUGGAUAUUCACAAACGCGAUACCCUGGGUACGAAUAUAGGCGCCUACUUCUUACUUAAAAGUGCCAAGGAGUCGGUGGAUCGGUGGGAGAUGUGCAUCGUGACGACGCAAAAAUACUUCCGUCUGGCGAUGGGAUCCAUCUACUCGAAGAACAACGUAGCCCUUAAGGACACUCGCAAUGGAGUGGCGAUCAUCUACGAAUCGCUGAAGAACGGCUUGGCUAGCAGCUUGUCGGGUAGCUCGCUGUACAGUCCCAGUCUGAGGUCGAGAGCUCUUGAAAAGCUGAUGACGUUGAGCGUCCAAGUCGGCUAUCCGGAGCAGGUGUUGGCCUCGUCUUACCUCGAUGACUUCUACACAGCCAUGAGCGUCCAAGUCAACGAUUUCCUGGGCAACAUUCUUUACGGUGUCCACUUUCUGCGUAAAGUGGAGGAACGCGUCUUGCUCAAUCCACUUCCUGAACACAAAUGGCUGGCUUACCUCUCCAGAGAUACAAUCACAUACGUCCCCGAAUCCAAUCGAAUCAUCAUACCCGAGCAUCUUCUUCUGCCACCCUUCUACAACGUCAAUUACCCACAGCCAAUUUUGCUUGGAUCCCUUGGCGUACAGCUGGCUGUAGCCAUGGUCGCCUCCAUCAGUCAGCACGGCGUCCUUUACGACGGUCACGGAGUCUUGAUCGAUCGCGAGUCGACCAUCGGUAACGAUUCACUCUCGCUGACAGCCAACCAGCGCAAGUGUCUGGUGGAUGCCCUAUACCAGAAGAAGGUCGACGAUGAGGAAUUCCUCAAACGCACAGUUUUUGAAACACUGGUCCAACUAGCCGGAGUUCGACAGGCACUCAAGGUCGUGACCAAUCCCAGCAUUGAGCAACGGAGGACCGAGUACAAAGCUCUCGAAUUCCUUACUCAUACGCAGCUAUUUUUUGUUGCCUACGCCCAGUCGAUGUGCUCUCACACGACUCUCAAACACAGAGACAUGGAGAGGUCGACAACAUUCCGCUUGGGCGACGAAGAGAUGUUACGAGCAACCAUGUUGCAAAUGCCUGAAUUCACGGAGGCGUUCAUGUGCAAUUCGACGUCACAGCUGCACCACGGCAAGGUGUGCGGGCGGAUCAUUUAAAAGCGCCAUGCACAAAUGGGAAUCCAUCGAUCCAUAAACAUAAAACUCCAAAAAAACGAAUCAAUUUAGGGUAGUGAAAAACGAAAAAACGCAGCAGUUGAAGCGAGUACACAUAUUAUAAGGGCGAGCGAAUGUGGCGUGAAUUUUUUGUUAGCAAUACGAAUGAUAAGGGUGUGUACUUCAAUUCUGAUUGCGUCAUAUUUUUUUUCCUUUCAUUUUUCUUGGAAGAGGGGGGGACUAAUAAAUUCAAUUAUAAGACGCGCCUAAACGAACGGAGAAACCGUCCGACAUCCUCUCCUGAAUCAUCCUCAAUCCGUAACUGAUAUGUUAUCAUUGUUGUGUAUGUUGUGACGUUUCAAACGAAAUCACUCGAGGAGGGGUAAGAACGCGCCAAUUUUGAAUUCCAUCUUUAAAUGAUUAUUAUAGAGUAAAAAACUGUUGAGUGUGCGAGUUGUUUGUUUCGCAACACCAUAUUAAAAAAAAAGAGAUUUAAAAA